CCUCCCCGUGAUCGCGCCGCGGGGCGAUAUCAGGUGUUCCGGAAGGGGGAGGCGGCUCACAGAGUCCCCCCCCAAACCCUGCAGAGAGGCGGACAUUCUCCUCCCGAAGCAGCACGAUGAGAGCCGCCGUUCUUCUGGCGUGGUUUGGUUCCCUUUUCCUCCUGGCGGACAGUGAGGAGCAGCGGAUCCCGGAGGAGAAACUUUUAGUCCUGACUGUUGCAACCAAAGAGACUGACGGCUUCAGGCGUUUCCUAAAGUCUGCUAGAAACUUUAACUACACUGUGAAGGUUCUUGGCAGAGGUCAGAAAUGGAGCGGCGGCGACUACAUGUCUGCUCCUGGUGGAGGACAGAAGGUGCGGCUGCUGAAAGAGGCUUUGCAGGAGACGAAGAGCGAGGACCAAGUCCUCCUCUUUACUGACAGUUAUGACGCGGUUUUCGCUUCGGGGCCCAAAGAGCUCCUCCGGAAGUUCCAGCAAGCCAAGCACAAGGUGGUGUUCUCCUCUGAGAGGCUGAUCUGGCCCGACAGGCAUCUGGAGGACAAACACCCCCACGUCAGGGAGGGGAACCGCUUCCUGGGCUCUGGGGGUUUCAUGGGUUACCUCUCCAACAUCAGGGAGAUGGUUGCAAACUGGACAGGGGAGGAUGCUGACAGCGACCAGCUGUUCUUCACCAAGAUUUACGUUGAUCCAGACAAACGGAAAUCCAUCAACAUCACCGUGGACAGCAGAUGCAGACUGUUCCAGAACCUUCAUGGAGCUUUGGAUGAUGUGGUCCUGAAGUUUGAAGACGGCCGGGUUCGAGCCAGAAAUGUGCUGUAUGACACUCUUCCUGUGUUGAUCCAUGGAAACGGACCCACCAAGCUGCAGAUCAACUACAUGGGGAACUACAUUCCCAAAUCUUGGACGUUUGAGAACGGAUGCACGGUUUGCCAGGACGACCUGCGCUCACUGGCCGCUCUGAAGGACAGUGAAUACCCUCUGGUCAGCAUCGGGAUCUUCAUCCAGCAGCCCACCCCGUUUGUCUCUGUGUUCUUUGAACGUCUCCUGAAGCUGGAGUACCCCAAGGACAGACUGAAACUGUUCAUCUACAACCAGGAACCCCAUCAUGAGCCUCAGGUCAGCUCCUUUCUGCGGGAUCAUGGAGGUCUUUAUCAGGACGUGCGCUCCAUCACGCCUAAAGAGGACAUGGACUCGGCUGCGGCGCGCGACCUGGUCUUAGAUAUUUGCCGGAAGGACACGGACUGCGACUAUUUCUUUAACUUGGACAUAGAAGUGGUCCUGAAGAACGAGAAGACUCUUAAAAUCCUCAUUGAACAAAACCUUCCGGUUGUGGCACCCAUGAUCACUCGAGCGGCCCGGCUGUGGAGCAACUUCUGGGGAGCCGUCAGUGCCGACGGUUACUACGCCCGGUCGGAGGACUACGUGGACAUCGUUCAAGGACGAAGAGUGGGGGUGUGGAACGUCCCAUAUGUGUCCAACGUGUACCUGCUGAAGGCCCACCUCCUGAGAUCCCAGCUGAAAGACUCUGCAGUGUUCACGUCGCACAGCUUGGACCCCGACAUGGCUUUCUGCCACAGCCUUCGCAGCGCGGGAGUUUUCAUGUUUGUAACCAACAUGCAGACCUUCGGCCGCAUCCUGUCCACGGAAAACUACCAGAGCACUCACUUGCACAACGACCUGUGGCAGAUCUUUGAAAACCCAGUGGAUUGGGAGGAGCGCUACAUUCACCAGAACUACAGCCGCAUCAUGAGAGACAAGCUGAUUGAGACGCCCUGUCCAGAUGUUUACUGGUUCCCCGUGUUCUCCGACGUCGCUUGUACCCACCUGGUUGAAGAAAUGGAGCACUUUGGGAAAUGGUCAGGAGGGGGCAACACGGACACCCGGAUCCAGGGCGGCUACGAGAACGUCCCCACCAUCGACAUCCACAUGAACCAGAUCAACUUUGAGAAGGAGUGGCAGAAGUUCCUUGUGGAGUACGUGGCUCCCAUCACCGAGAAAAUGUACCCAGGUUACUACACCAAGGCUCAUUUCGAGCUGGCUUUCGUGGUCCGCUAUAAGCCCGACGAGCAGCCGUCUCUCAGGCCGCACCACGACGCCUCCACCUUCACCAUCAACAUUGCUCUGAACCAAUUGGGUCAGGACUACCAGGGCGGCGGCUGCAGGUUCCUGCGGUACGGUUGCUCCAUCCAGGCUCCUCGGAAAGGCUGGGCUCUGAUGCACCCGGGCCGCCUCACCCACUACCACGAAGGCCUGCCCACCACCGCAGGGACGCGCUACAUCGCCGUGUCCUUUGUGGAUCCGUGA